AUGGAUGUGCAGCAUCGCCUGGAUGUGGUGAUAGUAGGAGGAUCCAUUGCAGGCCUCUGCGUCGGUGUCUCGCUCAAGACACUGCCUGAAAUCGGUUCCAUCACCAUCUUAGAACGUCAGCCUUCAAGUCAGUUGCAAGACCAAGGAGCUGGGAUUCGCAUUGGAGAUGAGGUUGCCGAAUUUCUCUGGAGACAUGCAAAUGCGGCUAUGAGUUCUUAUGGAAUUCCGCUCAAAUCCAUCAAGAUUCUCAACCAGGAAGGCGAAGUAACCUUCCACAGAGACGUCGUCGGCAACUGUGCGACCACGUGGAGCCAGCUUUUCCGUGUAUUGAUGCUCGCAUUCAUAGAGAAGAGUUCCGAUGAGGGGGCGGUGGUUACAUAUCAGUAUUCCUGCAAAGUUUGGGACGUGAUUAAGCACGACGGCAAGAUGAAAGUCCAAUUCGUAAACGACACUGGGAAGGAGACGUUGCUAGCGGAUCUCGUCGUCGGGGCAGACGGUGCCUCGUCCAACGUCCGCGCUAUUAUGCUCCCAGACACGAAGCGAACCUACGCUGGGUACGUGCUGUUUCGUGGCCUUGUGCCCGUUGACCAUCUUUCGGUUGCCACGACGCAGGUGUUGGAUUUAUCUGGCACGCUGUGCUUCAACAGCAACUCCCAAGUGCUCUCUUAUACCGUCCCAGCAAGCAAAGUCGGGCCUCCAGACUCCCACAAGCUCCUCAACUGGGGGUGGUACCUGAGGAAGACCGAGGAAGAAUUGGCAGAGCUGAUGACAGAUAUCAAUGGCGUCAGACACUGCUUCGCAUUGCCACAAGGUGGAAUGUGCUCACGGUUAGCUGAGGAGAUCAGGGCAAGAGCACAGAAUGAGCUCUCGCCACAGUUUGCGGAAGCGGUGGCCAAGACGAAGAACCCAUUCGUUCAAGUGAUCACAGAUUCUCUGGCGCUGGAAAACAUCUUUAGCGAUGGAAAGAUAGUGCUGCUUGGAGACGCUGCUGGUGGCCAGAGACCUCACGCGGCCUCAGCCGUUGCACAAGCCUGUCUGCAUGCACAGCUUCUCCGACUUCAUUUGCAAGGUCAAUUAACGCGGGACGACUGGAGUCGGGAAGUGCAGCUUGUGUCUUCGACAGUGGUCUCUGCUGGUCAGGAUCUUGGUCCAAUCUGUCUUUCCGAGACCCUCGGCCCAAGGGAGAAAGCCAGGUUGUAUCUGGCAAGGUCUAUGGAGGUGCAGAGAACGCUGAACGAAAGAUGGCGGAUCUUCUCUUCGGAGACGAAGUAA